CUUCCUCCACAGUGAAGCAAGCGCACAGUGGAGAGCUCUGCUGAGGGGAGUGGCAAAAGAUCUCGCAAAGAGUUGCCCUUGAGCGAAAAGGUGAAGCUGCUGGACAUGUUGGCUCGUGCGGAUAGAGCGGCACCUGUUUCACGCCAUUACGGCAUCAUUAAGUCCACUGUCCGCUCCAUCAAGGAAAGCGAAGCCAGUAUCCGUGUGAGUGUGGUGUCUUGGAGUCUGAAGGCGGUGUUCCAUCCCCGCGGUCGCCACAUGGAAGAGAGGGGAAAGGCCCUCAGUUUGUGGCUAGAGGACCAAGCCGCAUCGGUGGACCAUGAGGUGACACAAAGACUUCCAGCGGAGUUUCAGCGGCUGAUUGAGUCCAGAGGGCAAAGGCCUGAGCAGGUCUUCAAUGAUGAUGAAUCAGGCCUGUUCUGGAAGACGAUGCCGUCCCGCUCCUUCAUCCGCAAAGAAAAAGGAACUGGUCAAGGUUUCAAGGCAGCCAAGAACCAUCUCACUCUGCUGAAUGAGCGUGAACAGAUCAUGACCACCAAUGUCUGGCUCAAUCAGGAAUGGACAGACUACCGCUUGGCUUGGGAACCUUCUGAAUAUGAAGGCAUAAAUAAACUCAGGAUACCCGCAAGGAAAGUCUGGUUGCCGGAUAUUGUGCUUUACAAUAAUGCCGACGGCACCUACGAAGUCUCUGUGUAUACGAAUGUGGUUGUGAAGAACAACGGGAGCAUCUUUUGGCUGCCUCCGGCCAUCUACAAGAGUGCCUGCAAAAUCGAGGUGAAACAUUUCCCCUUUGACCAACAAAACUGCACACUGAAAUUCCGGUCGUGGACUUACGAUCACACGGAAAUCGACAUGAUUCUGAAAAAUAGCUCAGCCAGCAUGGAUGACUUUACCCCCAGUGGCGAAUGGGACAUUGUGGCGCUGCCAGGACGGAGAACUGUAAACCCUUUAGAUCCAAACUACGUGGACGUGACAUAUGAUUUUAUCAUUAGAAGGAAGCCCCUUUUUUAUACCAUCAACCUCAUCAUCCCCUGUGUGCUGAUCACGUCUUUGGCCAUCCUGGUGUUCUACCUGCCAUCGGACUGCGGAGAAAAAAUGACCUUAUGCAUUUCAGUCUUGCUUGCCUUGACUGUGUUCUUAUUGCUGAUUUCUAAAAUUGUCCCCCCAACAUCCUUAGACGUCCCAUUGAUUGGAAAAUACCUGAUGUUUACAAUGGUACUUGUCACCUUCUCGAUCGUUACCAGUGUCUGUGUGUUGAAUGUUCACCACAGAUCUCCCAGUACCCAUGCAAUGCCGCCAUGGGUGAAGGUCGCCUUCCUCCAGAGGCUGCCAAACUUCCUGUUCAUGAAGCGCCCGGAGAAUAAUUCGGCAAGACAACGACUGCGCAACCGUAAGAAGUAUAAAGCAGAGAUGUUCUGCUCCGAUUCCUCCGACUUGUACAAGGGCUCUACCUAUUUUGUCAACACGGCUUCAGCCAAAAAGUAUGACCCGAAACUUGCUGACAAUUCGGAGCAGACUGGCAGCCAUCCAGACGUUCGGCUACGAGGUUCGGGGAAGUUUUCUCCGGAGGUCCAGGAAGCUAUUGAUGGGGUCAGUUUCAUUGCGGACCACAUGAGGAGUGAAGACAAUAGUGAGAGCGUUAUUGAAGACUGGAAAUACGUUGCCAUGGUAGUGGACAGGCUGUUUCUUUGGAUAUUUGUCUUGGUUUGCGUUCUGGGGACUUUAGGAUUAUUCCUCCAGCCACUUUUCCAAAACCACUCAACUGCUAUGGACCCUUAAACUGGCUGAGUGCACACUGACGAUUGCUUACCCUCGGAUGGGGCUGGGUGCUGAUUUGAGGUCCAAAUUUGGAAUUUCAAAGUCCAGCCAUUUAUUCAGAUUUUCUACUAAUAAAACACACAGCAUCACUAUGCAGUUUAUGUGCUUAUUUAACGUGGGUUCACAUCUCCCCCUCGAGUAAGAGGCUCAUGAGGAGUGAUGAUGAAAAAUAGCAAAAAUAAUAUUGUAAAUUAAAUGUCCUCUAUUUAACCCCAGUCACCAUAUGCCUGCCCAAACAGAUUAUAUCUUACAAGUUUCCUCCCAUCCAAAAUGUGGUCAGGGUACAGCUCUGGUGAACCUCUAGGGUAGUGGGCCCCUAACUUUGGCUCCCCAAAUGUUGUUGGACUACGAUGCCCAUAUACCCAGGCACAGUGGAUGAUGGGAGUUGUAGUCCAACUGACCUCGAGGAGAAGAAGAGUAUCCUACAUGCAAAGCAACUACAAUGGGAACAUAUCUCAAUGCACCCUUUCAGUGCAGACUUCCUGGUUCAUUUGUUUUGUUUAUUUGACAUUUCUUUAAAAGCCAACAUUUGGGGGUUACGUUUUUAUGAAGUGACAAUGUUCAUUGGUCUUCAGGUGGUGAGUCAAGACACAAAACUGGCCACACUAUAAUGCAGGGCUAGCCAGCUUCUGGUAAUCCAGUUGUUGUUGAAGGACAUCUCCCAUGAUCCCCAACUACAAUUUAUUGUGGCUGGGAGUAGUGGGAGUUUGUAGUUCAACAACAGCCAGAGUGCCAAAGGCUGCCUACCCCUAAUUUGGGGGGGGGGUCACAUCAGACACACCACCACAAUUUUAUUUUAUUUUUUGGUCGGGGGGGGGGGGAUUCCAGGUAGUUUUUUAAAAGGAAAGGAGCAGUGUUCCGAUGUUACUCUGAAUGCAUGUAGCAAGGCAGGGCAAGCGGGAUUAUUUAUGUAUCUUUAAUUUUAUAUUUGUAUGUAAUUGCACAUAUUAAAACAAUAUUUUACUUAAA